AAGACUUGAACGCGACUCGUCAGUCAUUGGAUGUUUACAUUACGAUGGUGACCGUAGUGGAGCUGCUGAGUCUCCUGCUGGUGUCCGUGCUGUGGGGCUGCACCAACCCCUUCCUGAAGAGAGGCACUGAGGGGAUUGAACAUGUCCAACACAACAACAGAGUCUCACAGCUGCUGGCUGAGGUCAAGUUUCUUUUCCUAAACCUCAAGUACCUGGUCCCCUUUCUCCUGAACCAGAGUGGCUCUUUGGUGUACUAUUACACACUCUCCACCACAGAGAUUUCGCUGGCUGUUCCUGUGGCCAACUCUCUUACCUUCCUCUGCACUCUGCUCACCGGCAAGUUUCUGGGUGAAGAGUUUGGAGGCAAACAGGCUGUCGCGGGAAUGUUCCUCACCACGGCUGGCAUCACGCUGUGUGUUAUAAGCUCCAUUAAUGACACAGACACUGUGAAGCAGAAUAUGACCCAGGAACUCUAACAGGGAUGAGGAUUAAAUAAAAACUCCCAUACCUUCAAGUGAUUCCUUUGCAGGGAAGGAAAGGCCAAAGCAGAUUUGGGGCGGGACUAGAGGGGGCAAUUAAGAUUCUGACAGCGACUCCUUAGAGCAACGGCUCUGGUGGGAGAAUGGUGCCUAAAUGAACUCAGUGUGAGCUUCAAAAAACCUGUCCAGAAGCUUUUACGCCAAGUUUAAGGGGAAUUGGGUGCAUGUGGGGUUCAACUCAAGGCUAGACUAGAUUUAUGGGGCUUGCAUACAAGUUGGUGGUUGUUAACUUUUAAGUUUAAGUACUCUGCUGCCCCGCCAUGUGACUGGCAUCUGCAUAAAUGCUAUAGAGACCAAAUAGAAAUAAGGCUGGGUUUUGAAAAUGAACCAAUUAGAUCUAACCUUCUCGUUUAACGGGGACAUUUUACUGCGGACUCCUUCUGUUUGGGAAAGAGCAGGACACAGGAGAACAAAUUGCUGUUUUGCUCGAGGAUAAAACGGUUAUUCAUUUACUUAUUUUCUGGCUGUCUUGACUCUUGUUUACAUAAUGUAUUACUGAGUUAGAUAAAAUAAUGGUUUUGUUGUUUUAUAGCGAGUUACCUUGUUGUAUGCUGUGCGAACAUGUCUGAAGUAUUUGAGAAACAACAGUGAUGUACAUAGUAAUAUAUUUUGUUUUUAUUGUCACAGUAUUUUAUUGACACAAAAUUCUGUACAGAUUAUGGAAUGUGGCUGGUAUUCUAUUAAUAAAUUGUUGGCAAAACAUAA